CAUUGCUGUCUUUGAUCAAUCAAAAUGCAGCAGAGUUUUUAUGUUUUCACAGGUCGGCCAGACCGCACUCCAUGAGGCCUGCAGGAGCGGGAGAACUGAGAUAGUGAAGCUGCUGAUUCAGCAUGGCGCUGAUGUGGAGGCGAGGGACAUCCUUGGUAGAAAACCACUGGACGUGGAUGACCAGGGCUACCGGCGUUUCCUAAAGAACCUGGCUGUUGAGGUUCCCUACCACAAACUGAUGAAACAGUCCGGUGGGGUGAAAGUCAACAGGUUUAAACUGUGCUUCUGUGGACCACAGGAAGCUGGCAAAUCUACUCUGGUGGAAAGUCUUGAAACGAGACCUGUCACUGCCUUCUUCCGGGAUCGGAUGACUCCAGACAAUCAGCCACACGAGCCCACCCCAGGUGUGAAUGUGGGAACAACCAACAUUCCCGGUGUGGGGCAGGUCAGUGUGUGGGACUUCGCUGGACAGUCGGAGUACGCGGUAACCCACAGCAUGUUCAUGGAUGCAGAGAACACCAUCUUCAUUGUGCUGUACAACAUCAUGGACGAUACUCACACACAGAAGAAAAAGGUCCACUGGUGGCUGUGCUUCAUCAAGUCCUGCAACACAAAUGCAAAGACUGAGCCUAACAUUAUCCUAGUGGCCAGCCAUGCGGACCAGACUGAUACAGGACAUCGACAAGCAUCUUCCAUCCUUGAGCUGAUGGCGUCAGAGUUUAAGGGACAUCUAAACAUCUCAGAGGAAGUGUUCCUGCUUGACUGCCGGAAGACUCGUAAAACUGACAUGAGGCGUCUUAAAGACCUUCUGACAAAACUGAAGACUCAACUUCUUGCACAUCAGCGAGACAUGCCUAAGCUGUGUGCCGAUAUCAUGAAGUGCCUACCAAGAUGGGCCAAGGAGAAGUGCAGCCCAAAGUGUCCUGUCUUGAGAUGGGCGGAGUACAAGGCGGCGGUGAUGGAGAUGAUGGGGGUUGACCAGCUGACUAAUGAAGACUUUCUCAAGGCAUCUUCACGGUACUUGGAUCACCUUGGGGAGAUCUUGUUCGUCCCCACACCAAAUGCUGACCCCAUCAUUGUCCUGAAGCCCAACUGGCUCUGCACGGAUGUCUUCGGCAAAGUGAUGGCACCAAAAAACUUCCCCAUCCAACAUCUAAGAACCGUCAACGAUGUCAUCACGAAAGAGGAAAUCAAGAGGGUGUUCAAGGAUGUCGCCGAUGUCGAUCUCCUGAUCACCCUGCUGCAAGAGUUCCAGCUCAGUCACUCCUUUGACGGACAGAAGUUCAUCAUCCCAGGGCUGCUGACACAGACCAUGCCUCCAGACAAGUGGCAGCCAACUGCGAACCCCGCCAAGCCCGUGUACUUCGGCAAGCAGGUCCAGUGUGCUGACACCACCGACAUGUUCUCCUCCGCAUUCUUCCCCCGUGUGCAGACCCGCCUGAUGAGGGAGCUGAAGAAACGCCCGCUGCUGUGGAGAGACGGAACCAAGUGUUUCGACAUCAACGUGGAAGGUCUCAUCAAGCUCUCCCCAGAUGGCCGUGCGGUCAACAUCUGCGUGCGAAGCGAGCAGGGCGACAAGCUGAGCUGCCGGCAGUUGCUCGAGAACAUCGAGAACAUCCUGAUCAACGUGCUCGACGAGUGCAGCCCAGGCACCAACACCGAGAAGAGGGUGCUCAGCGCUCGUGCACUGAGGGAACACAGAGAGGAAAUCUACUCCUACAGCAUGGACCAGAUCGACAAGGCCAAAGCAGAGGACGGCUUCGUCUAUCACGACAUCCUCGGCUUCACAGAAGACGUCGAUGACCUCCUGUAUGGCGGAAGAGACGAGAACGAAGAGGAGCAAGGAGCUGUUGGAAAAACGGUCCAUCAGACGUACAACGAAUAUGUGUCCGGGACUGGUAACCUUGUCAUCAGGGCAGGUGAUAAUGCUCACUUCGACAUGGCAAGAAUCAUGCAAGGUGACCUUGGACAACUACAGUUGGAAGGAAACGACCCUGGUGACCUUGGACAGCUACAGUUGGAAGGAAACGACCCUGGUGACCUUGGACAGCUACAGUUGGAAGGGAAUGACCCUGGUGACCUUGGGCAGCAACAGUUGGAAGGGAAUGACCUUGGACAGCUACAGUUGGAAGAGGACGUCCCUGGUGACCUUGGACAGCUACAGUAAAAGGAAAUGACCCUGGUGACCUUGGACAGCAUUAGUUGAAAGAGAAUGUCCGUGGUGAGCUUGGUCAGCAACAGUUGGAAGGGAAUGACCUUAGUGACUUGGACAGCAACAGAUCAUGCAAAAUGGGCCUGAUGAUGAAAUGCUUGAAUGAGACUUUUCUAAGCUGUAAAUAUAUUUCUCAAUGAUGAACAGAUGUAUAUUUUUAUCAGUGUGACAGAAUUUUAUACAAUGAUGUUCAAAUCUCCAGUUGUAGUGUUAUGUACCAUUAUGAAGUCAAUAAUUCUGUCUCUGUGUAUCCAGUCUGAAUAUUGAAAACCUUCAAGUUGGUGAAAUAGAGCCUGAGCCAAUCUGAAUCAUUAUGCACUCUCCAUUAUACAAUCAACUAUCUGUGGUUAAGUGCCGGAUCCUUGUAAAUGAUAGGCAGAGAUGACAACCAUUUGCAGUUUACAAUUAUGCUUUACCUACUGUAACAUUCCAUGUGUGAUUGUGCGCAUUUAUGUAGUCUCCAAAGUACAGAACCUGUUUACAAUUUACAUGAAACAUUGCUCCAUGUUGACUAGGGAAUCCCGCUUUUUCCAUUCUAUCUCUUUCUAUUCCCGCAACACUAGGAGUCUUUUACUUAAGCAAGAUCCUAGGUGAUGUCAGUCUACAGAAUCAAUCAAGUGACAAAAUGGAAUAAAGUAGAAUUCCCAAAGGUGGAGCAUGUUAUUGAUAAGUACCAACCAGCAGCAUUAAUAUAUUUCAUCAGCACUGUACACAAUCAUAUAUUUUACCCCUUAAUUACUGCUGCUAAAUUGCUAUUAUCGUUUUUACGGCAUGUAUAUUUAAAGAAUCCAAGUGGAAGACAACGCAACAUUUUAAACUCAGAAUUCCUGUACAUUCAUUAAGUAGUACUUAGACAAGUCACUUAAUUUUCAGUAGUCAUAACUUUAAAAAUUCUUGAUUCUUGUUGAAACACUUCUGUACCAAAAGCAGAGCCUCUUGAAUUAGCACUUGAAACAACCGGUGCCCACAUGUAUGUUGGUGAUCCUUUGCAAAGGGUAAUACAUUUUACAUGAUUUUGAUUUCUUCCACUAUCUAUACAUCAGUGUUCAAGUUAACAUUUACAUGUACAUGUAAGUACAAAAUUGAGGAAAUGUAAUCUUGGCAUUGUGGUUGACAAUUAUAGUGGUUAGUAGAAGCUGUAUUUCAAUGAAGUACAGUGCACAUAAGUAACAUUCAUGAUAGAAAGAAAAUACAACACAUACAUUACUAGUACAUGGGUAACGAUAUACAUUGGGCAAGUAUUUUGUACAGCUAUAUUAUGAAUGAGAAUUUUAAUUAAGUAUCCGGAAUACUGUUAUUUUAGCAACAACAAUAAAUUAGCAACUUCAAUGGAUGGUUAAGAUAGCAGCAGACACUAUAUACAAUGUAUAAAACGUGGGUUAUAAAAUUCUCGUACCUACUUUUAUAGUCAGGAAUAAAACCCAGCUAGUUUCUUCUACCAUGUAGAAACAUAGCCCUUACUGUUCGCAUUAUUGUGUUAGUUGGUGUCCCCUUACUUUAAUCUGUAAGGUAAUCACUCAGAUUUACCAGAAAUAAGCACAUUAUUGCAACAGACUCGCUCGACAGUCCAACAAUACUACUAGCUCUAUGAUCACUCUGUUCAAAAUUAGUUCACCAAGUUGUAUUUUCACCACCCACUGCCCUUUCCUGUUGUACAUGUACACAGCACGUCGGCGGAAUGUACUGUGUCUGUGCAAAACCCUGAUUUUUCACGGUUUUCGUUUUCAAAGUUUGGUCAACGUUGCAUCAGAAUU